AUGAAGAAUAAAGAGCUUGAAGCGGCGAAAGCAUUCAGAGAGCAUGAGUUCUAUAUGUUAAACAAAGUUGUUGAACAGAUGCUUGGAAUGUCGAUUGAACAAAGAUUCGAAGAGAUACAGGUUGAAGAGCUUAGGGCUAAACGCCAAGCUGAAAUUGACGAACAGAUGAAAGAUAAGGGUAAGGGUACCGAAGGCAGUGUGACAGUUGAAGAAAGAUCAACUGUUCCAUCACUUGUGAUUGAAAACCCUGUUCCAUUAUCCUCUAUAUCUGGUGUCUUUGAAGAGAAUGUAUCUUUAGAGGAUCUAGCUGGUGAUGAUAAUGAAGAAGAAGAAGAGGAUGUUGAGGAAGAAGGUGAUGAUGAGGAUGAUGAAGAUGAGGAUGAUGAUGAUGAGGAUGACGAAGAAGACGACGAUGAUGAGAAAGUCUUUUCGGCAAGCAGUCAUGGUUCUGAUAACGACGAUGACGAUGCUCAAGAUGGUAUGGGUAUAAAAGUGACUGAAGCUUCCAAGGAAAGAACUGUUGAUGAUUUGAUGAAUGAUUCUGUGAAUGAAGAGACAUGGGGAGCUGAAGGAAAGGGGGAGUCUGGUGAUGCUCAAAAUGUUGAACAUGUUGAAAAGUUAAUUUUGAGAUUGGAUACUUACAGGGAAGAAGGUGAACACUUUCAUACGUAUACAUUGGAAAAGAUCAAAGAAAUGACACGUAUGGUGGAUCCUGAUUUCAAAUUUGAUUUUGAGGAAGAAUUAAAUAUAUUCAACAUCAACCACCAACCACCAACCAGAAGACGAGUAUAA